AAUUAUGUUGACGUUCCCAUAUCAAAAGAGAAUUAUUUAAUAUUGCCCAUGUUUUCUGUUAACAAAAGAUAUUAUAUUGCGUAUUUAUGAUAUGUUGCUAUGGAAACAAGGUAUGUAUGCAAACAAAAUCAUAGAUUUAGGUAGCCCUCAUCAAUAAGUAGGCAUGGGCGAGAGUGAAAGUUCAUGGGUUUUCGAUUCGUUGGUGUGUUUUCUAAAUGGCCCGGUUUGGAAUGCUCCUAUACAGAGUUUUAUCGAGGAAAAGUCUCUGAUUUUUGAAGCAAACACCGCGGAAAGUCCUAAUUAUGUUAAAAUAUACGAGGAGUAUAAAAAUCUGGUUGACGUCAUGCUUGGCAGCUACAUGGAGGAUAUAGGAAUAUCGCCGGGACAAUUUGAAGAAGCAUGUCUUAAAGGGCAUUUGGAAUUGGCACCUAAACACUUUGAUAAUAGUUUGUUUGAACAAAUAUGGGCAGCAAAUGAUUACGAAAUGUUUAAACGUAUGAUGACUCAUCGAAACGUUGAGUUACAAUUGCAAGCCUUAGAAUUAAUAGAGCAAAAGUAUGGUGUAAUGCCAGAAUCGUUCAUUCCCCACAAAAGUCAUUAUCGUCACAUAACGGGCCAAACGGAAGCCGAAAUUGUGUUGAAAGACCAAGAAAAGGGAGAUCUCGAGGAGGAAAUCAUGGAAGAAGUGAUCAAGCAGUUUCCGUUUGAAGAAGUUCCCGAGGAAGAUCCUCAAAAAAAAGAUGAAGAGGUUCAGUAUUUAUUGGAAGAGAAGCAAAUUUUACAAGAGACUUUGAGAAAUAUUGAGGAAACAGCAAAAUCGCAUGAUAUGGCAAAAGUAGCAGAAGAUGCACCAGAGAACACACCCGUCGAAAAUCCCUCUAAGGAAGAAAUCGCUUUUUAUAAAAGACCAAUUGCUUCUGAAAUUGAUCAAGUUGAAUUGAAGAAAAGGCAAGAGUACUUCAGAGCACAAAGGGAUAAACUGGUGGCCUUAAAAAAGGAAGCGCGAAAGAAACAUCUUGAAGUUGCCGAUACCUCUCAAGAGAAAUCGCGAAGUCGUCCAAAGUCAGCGCGAGUUGCGAAAGCUGUUUUAACUGGUGAUUCGCCAAUAUCCAAUGAACAACUGAAAAUCAGAAAAGCUUUGGCGGAACGCUUGAAACAGGAAGUUAUUGGGAGCACAGAUUUGUAAUGGAAAUACCUACAAUUAUACUAUCACAUGUUAACUAUCUAAAAGGUUUUACGUAAAAUUUUGUUGACAUUUUAAAGUUUACUGGUUGCUUGGUUGUCCUUUCAUAUAAACUGGUGUGCAAUUGAUUGAUAAAGAUCUAAAUUGAUGCAAUUGAUGUGCAAUUUGAUUUGUUUAUUUUAUUGCAUACUUAGAAAUGAAAAUGUGUUUUUCACAGUCAAAUAUAUUAUCUGUAUGCAUGCGAAUUUUCGUUUUUAAAUAUUACAAAAGUGCUAUUCUUGUAUGUGGUAUU